ACGCAAGUCAUGGCCGUUAACUGCUAUCCACCGUGUCCGGGUCCUGAGAAGGCGCUAGGCCUGCCGCCGCAUUCAGACUAUAGUUGCAUCACCAUCCUUCUACAGAACUUGGCCGGUCUUAAGAUCUUUGAUCCAAUGGCUCAUGGUGGUGGCUCUGGCCGCUGGGUUGUUGUCCCCCAAGUCACAGGGGUACUUAAGGUCCAUAUUGGUGAUCAUGUGGAAGUGCUAAGCAAUGGAUUAUACAAGAGUGUAGUUCACAAAGUCACUUUGAAUGAAGAGAAUACGAGAAUCUCCCUCGCGAGCUUGCAUAGCUUGGAUAUGGACGAUAAGAUGAAUGUACCGUGCGAAUUGGUUAACGAUGAAAAUCCGGUACGGUAC